CUGAGUUGAAAGUUUCAUAAGUUGAAAGGUAGUUAGUUGGGUGGAAUUGCAACUCGCUACCAAACACGCAACAAAAUCACUGUCAAUAGCAAUUCGCAUUGCACCAUUUGUUUUCGCUCUACAAUGCGAGAUACGAUCACCGCUUCUUCCAAACGCUCUUCAACCUUCACGUUGCACAGCCACACCUCAUCACUCUCUUCACUCUCAUUCAUUCCAUCUCCGUCGCCAUGUUGCGCGCUCUCUGGCGAUCCAUCGAUCGCUUCUCCGUUCAAAACUUCCAAUAUGUAAUAAACGAACUGCGGAAGAUCAACGUUGUGGACAAAAGUAACAGGGAGCUUGUGAUGGAUUUAUUGCAGUCCGUUGUGGAGAUUGUGAUGUAUGGCGACAGACAAGAUCCGCAAAUUUUCGAAUGUUUCAUGGAGCGCCAAGUGCUGGCGGAUUUUGUUCACAUUCUUAAGAUCAGUGAAGAUUCGAAAAUUGAGGCACCACUGCUUCAGUAUCUUAGCAUAAUGAUUCAAAACAUGGACAGUGAACAUGCAAUUUACUAUUGCUUCAGUAAUGGUUAUAUCAACAACAUUAUUUCACACCCCUUCAAAUUUGAUGGAGGAGACCUAGCUUCAUACUAUGUUUCUUUCCUAAGGGGAAAUUUUGCAAUUAGGGAAAUCUCUUCAUCUUCGUCUCUUCAUCUUUGUCUUUCUUGA